UUUAGGCUAUUUAUUUAAAGUCGUUAGCAAAGACAAAGAAUUUGAAUACAGAGCGAGUGUACUCAGCACUCUGAACCUUGACAGAGAUGCUGCUUAGUCGGUCUGUCACACAAUAGUCUACCACUAAAAGCUGAGAGCUAUAUGUGCACUAUGAAUGUAUUACACCAGACUAUAAACCCCCUCAUAUAGGCCCUACAGUGUCACAGCAAGUAGACUAGUUGUGUCCAUGCACAAAAAGUUUCGGUGCACACUUCAGCACUUGACAUUGAGCUCCAUCAGUGAGUUUGUGUUUGAUUGUCUGUAGCAACCGGCAACCACCGCGGCGAGGGAGGCGACCUGCUUCUUCAGGCUUAAGCUGGAUCAAUAUGGAGAAAUAUGCCCCUAAAUUUAGCAAAGUUUUGCUGACACCUGAUCCACAUUAUAUACCGGGGUAUGCAGGGUACUGCCCACAGCUGAAGUACAAUGUGGGGAAGUCUUACGGCCAGCUCACAGCCGAGCUGCUGACCAGUCCAGGGGUGAAACACUCCGAUCGUCUGGUCCUCCACACGGGUCACGUCCCCUCCACAGAGGCUGACCUUGGUCUGACACAGAGAAACAUCCUUGACAGUAACUUGAAGAAGAUGAUACCAGGAUACACAGGUUUCAUUCCAAAAAGUCAGAACUACUUUGCCUGCAGCUAUUCUGAAACAUGCCGUAAAGCGCUGUCUGAGUUUUACCAGGAGGGGCGUUCAAAGAUCCAACGGCAAUCAACAGAUCUGCCAACUGUUGUCAACCACACCAGCCAACAGUUUGAAAGACCGAAGCCCCCUUUGACGGCAAUCUCCAGUAAAGUGAUCUACGACAAGCCCUUGAAGUCCUUCACCCCCGCUGGAAAACCAUAUUUCAUGGAUGAUGAUAACCCGUACAAAUACUUUAUCUCAGGUUUUACAGGGCAUGUGCCAAAAUCCCGCUUCCUAAUUGGCAAAGGUUACCCCAUCACUACCAACCAGGCACUGAUCCAAUUUGGAAAGCAGCAGCAGAGUGACCCCACGUCCCAAGACAUCCCAAACAGGAAGGACAGUACAAUAACCACUCUUCCCACUAUCUAUCCAUCAAACAGAGGUGUGGUUCCGUCAUUCACAGGACACAUCCCAGGAUACCAGUUCAUGUAUGGACACACCUUUGGUCAACUUUCCCAGAACGCACUGGAAAAGAGUGGCAUCAAGAGGAUCCUUCAGGCAAAGUCAUGAAACCAUCAUACACUUAAAAUGAUCAUUAUUAGCAAGAUAAAGGAGUUGUGACAACAAGUCAAAUAAAAGAACUUAUCCAUGAAAACAAUUUGUGCUGAAAUACAAAAACAUGUGGCACAUGCAUAAACAUUUGUACUGUUCACUGUUGGCAUACAAGAAGAAAACAGGUAA